UGACUUUCCCAGAACGGCGAUUCGCCGGACUGGGUUGGGUGCGGUCCAGAAAUGUCAAUCAAUAUCCAAUAACCGGUCACGUUGUCCACUGAAAGCCCCAAAGUAACGGUAAAUCUUCUAGUUAGAAUGAAAACAAAAAAAAAACUAUACAAAGCAACAAGCCGCUUUACGCAACCCUGCCAAGUAAUUUCCUUGAUUUCAUGCCACUUAGGGUAUGUAUCCUACACUAGUGAAACAACUAUAGCCAUUUCGACAACACUUAGUAUAAGUAUACGACGCACUAGUGAAGCAAGUACAUCAUUCUCCACACUUUGUGUGAGCAUACGCUAUAGUGAAAGAAAUCAUUAUAAUACUCUCGAACAUCAGACACGUGUAGCAACCCGUUUUGUCUCAUAAACCGACGAUUCAGCACGGGCUUCGUUGUGUAUGCAUACAAUGUCGGCUCCAGUAUCGUCGGUGUAUGUCUUUAGUGCGUCAAAA